CAGUUCAAGGUCGCGGUCGUCAGCUGGCUGUUUCUUGUUUCAACACACAACAAGCAUGGCGAGAAAUCUUCUAAGUUUUGGGGUGCGAUCAUUCUUGCAACAGGCGAACUCGACACUUACAAAAUGUCAGGUUCACAGACUAAAAGUGAAUUGUGCAAGGUCAUUCAGUUCAGCACCAAAGCUGUUGAGUCCAAGAGUGCAACACCCUGCUCCUGAUUUCCAAGGAACAGCUGUUGUUGAUGGACAGUUCAAGGAGAUAAAACUCAAUGAUUUCAAGGGGAAGUACCUUGUCCUGUUCUUCUACCCUCUUGACUUCACCUUUGUAUGUCCGACAGAAAUCAUUGCAUUCAGUGAUGCCAUGGAUCGUUUUAAGCCAGUUGAACACGGAGGUGAGGGGGUAUCAACAGAUUCACAUUUCAGUCACCUGGCCUGGAUCAACACCCCCAGGAAGCAAGGGGGUCUUGGAGGGCUGAAGUACCCACUCCUGGCUGACUUCAACAAGUCUGUUUCCAGAGACUACGGUGUGCUUGUUGAGGACAUGGGGCUUGCACUUAGGGGGCUGUUUAUCAUUGACCCAAGUGGUGUCGUCCGACAGAUGACCAUCAAUGAUCUGCCAGUUGGACGUUCUGUGGAGGAGACAGUGAGACUGAUCCAGGCUUUCCAGUUUGUGGAGAAACAUGGAGAAGUGUGUCCAGCAAACUGGCAGCCUGAUUCUCCAACCAUCAAGCCCUCCCCAGCAGAUUCCAAGGAGUACUUUGAGAAAGUUAAUUAAAUGAAGCAAUUGAUCUCACUGCCAGAGAGUAUUAUCUACUCAAGUUGUAUCCCAUUCGAAUCUAAAUCCGAAUUUAUUUCAGUUAUAGAAAUAUGGCUUUUCUACAGUUCAGAGGGUAUACACGACUUGUGAAAGAACUGUGUUGUUUGUUGUGGUAUUUAUCUACUGUUUAUUGUAAGACCAUGUUUGUGUUUAUGUUUAUGAUCCAGUUUAUUUGGUAUUUUUGCCACUUAUCGCUGGCCACAUUUCUAGCUGUUUACCUGAGUAUUUACACUACAUAUAGUGCAGUAAUGACAGAGCAAGUGUAGCGUAUUCACAGAACUGGUCAUUUUGGUAGUGUUCAGUGGGCAUGGAGAAAUGUUUUUAUGUAAUCUUGCCUAUUUUAUGCUCAGGAGCAAACUAAUGUAGUUCAUAAGUUGCUGUUUAUAAUCAAAAUGUUUUUACAAUACUCAAAACAAGUUAAUGAAUGUCCUCAUUUGGUAGGUUGUGUUUUAAUAUUCAAUAGCCAUUAAACCGUUACGUAGUCAUGUGAAAUAGUGGAUGGUAACUUGUUUUGAGUAAUGUGUGUAAAACUUAUAUACAGAUGAUGUCUAGAAUGAGGACUAUUGUUAUGGAUAUACAACUUCUUUAUUCUGUAUAGGCGAUAUUUCGACCUAGAUUCUAAUGUCGUGGUCAAGCAAGUGGUGAAAGAAGUUGUAUAUCCAUUAAAAUAUAUCCUCAUUCUUCAUCUACCCAACUUCUAGAAUGCCAAUCAAAGAAGAUGAUGUCUAGUUAUAUGUCGUGAAAUGUCAUAGUUUCUAUUUACAGUCAAAAUGCUUUUACAUAGUUUACUGUGUCGAUGGUACUCGGGAGUAGAAUCAUGCCAAUAUGUCUAGUCAGACAGUAAACAUCAGGGUGCUGUUGUACAAAACAACCUUAGCGCUAAGGCUACCUUAAGUCUAUGUUAAGGUAUGGGAGUUUCAGUCACCUUAGCGAUAAGAUCGUUUUGUACAACGGCACCCAGAUCUACUUUAUCAAAUCCAACCAUGUUGAUAUGCACUUGAGCCGUGUUCGAGGCUUGGAGUUGUAUGUAUUAGAGUGAACUAGUCAGAUGUUGCAUGUCGACCAUGAAUAUCCAUAUAUUGUACUUGCAUUUACUCUUCAGGGUUUUUACGCCAAUAUUUCCAUGCCAGAUAUUCUUAUUUGGAAUAACUAUUCAGGAUCUUAAGUGCAUUUCCAUAUCAGAUAUUCUUAUUUGCAUUUACUUUUCAGGGUUUUGAUUUACAUUGUAUUUAUGGAUCCAUGUAUGUUUACAACAACUGGUAUCAAUGAUUGAUGUGCUAUGUAACUGGGGGGUUCAGUUAGCCCAGUUAGGCACCGAAGCACAGAGUUGUGUCCCUAUCCCAUGCAAAUUCUGAUAUCAUGGGUUCAAAUAGCAUUUAUUUAUUUAUUAUCAGAAUAUUACCUCAACAUAUCAGAAAAGCCUUGUUAUGUCUUUGUGCUCUGGAACGUCAC